AUGCUGGAUCGUUAUCAUCACAAAUUGCUGCUGUUUGGAUGCCUGGCUUGUCUUCUGGUGACUGUUGUAAAUGGGGACGGUCGAGUGUUUGUGUUGGACGUGAGGAACUCCUCGGGCCUGCAGGGCUUCCGAGAUGCUAAGCAAGCUUGUUCCUCGCAACAUGGCCGCUUGGCAUCAGUAGAGGAGCUCCGUCAUGCUGUGGUGGAGUGCUUCUUCUCCCCAUGCACCCGCGGGUGGCUCUACGGGGGCUCAGUAGGGACCACAGUGUGUGAUGUGGUGGGCGGUGUGCUGAAAGCCAUAGAGGUGAGGAUAGAAAAUGCUACAGAGGAUGCUGCACACUUGGACGCCUUCUGUAUCAAAGGCGAAGAUGAGCCUUGCGGAGAUCCCCCAGCGUUUCCUAAUGCACAUCUGCAUAGUCACUCUGGGUCUGAGAUGGGAGAUGAGCUACUGUACACUUGUGUCCCUGGUUAUGUGAUGCCCAGUGGACAGACUACCUUCAGUCUGCUGUGUGACAGUUGCAGGGAGUGGUACGGACUGGUGCAGAUUUGUGUUAAAGAAGAGGCUGAAAGUCACACAGACUAUGAAGACAAGUUUACAGAUUCCUAUGUAGAGACAGAGCGUCACCCCGAGACACCAGUGGAAGCUCAUGGCAGUGUGCACGAGGAGGUGCAUGGAGCUGCAUACCCACAUGGAGAGAGGAGUGUGGAGCAGCAAGAGACAAGUUUUAGAGGCAAAGCAGAGGAGGACCAUCAAGGCAAAAAGCGUAAAGUAGGAGGAGAGGUGGCUGACCAUGGUAAAACAUUUGAAGGAGCUUCAGUUGAAGGAGAAAAAAAUAAGGAACGGGCUGUUGAGGACUUCAUAGGUCACCAGACGUGGGAGCAGGAGAGAACUGAGGUGGUCAAGACUGAUAGAGUGGAAGCCACAGAAGCACCUGUCUCUCUUCUAUCCCAAAAACAUAUGUUCUGGUUCCCCUCUGAGACCUUCCAGGAGGAGGAACCUCAGGUCUUCACCAACCCAGCCACACAAACAACCCUGAGAACCUCAGGCGCCCAAUCUGAGGAGAGUAAUGAGCACACGAGCCAAGAAAGACCCUAUCAUCAACGUCCUGUUGACGUUGAUAUUCCUGAUCAUGAACGAGAUGAUUUUGAUGAUCCUGACACCAGCCGCCAUGAUGACCAGGAUGACAUCCAUGAAGACGGCCACCAAGAUCAAGAUGAUGGUGACAGCUAUCAGGAGGAAGACCAUGAUGAUAAUGAGAGGCGACCAGCUCAACAUGAAGAGCUGGAUAGAUGGGAAAGCCAUGAAAACUAUGAUGAUCACAAGGAGCAUUAUGACAUGGGUGAACAUGAAGAGGACCGCGAUCGCAUUCACUAUGGCAGCAAGGAGUAUGACGAUGGAGAUGAUACGUACGAUGAACACAAAAGCCAUGAGGAUCAUGGUGAUGAUCAUGAUGAUCAUAAUGGAGAACAUCAUGAUGUUUCUGAGGAACAUCUAGACCAUGAUGACCAUGAUGAUGGUGACAAACAUUAUGAUGACAACCAUUAUGUUGACCCUGAUGAUCAUGAUGACCGAGAACACAAAGAUACUGAGAGCUAUGACGAUCACAAUAGCCGUGAAGAUGAUAGUCGUCAGCAUGUCAUCUUUUCUGUAGUAUCUGAUGAGCAUCAGAAUGUCAGUCAGAGGGGAGCAGAAAGAAAGUCCACCACAGACGACGCCUGGCUAGAUGGCUACCCUGUUGAUCUAGAAGAUGGUGACUCCACAACAGAGAAGGUAAGACCAGAGGAUAAAGACAGAAGGAGAUUUGUCAAGACGACACCCAGACCCAAUGAGGUGGAAAUUCACAGACCUGCUCCUUACACCAGCUCACCCGAGGAGCACGAGUCUCCAACCACAGUGCAUGAAUUUGAAGUAGGGGUUUUAGAAAAGCUGUGGCCUGACUCCAUCAGGACCCCUACUCCUGACCAUUUGGAGCCUUCAGACUCUCCUUCAUACUCCAAGACUGGAGACUAUAGCACACAACAAGCAGUUCCCACCGACUCUUGGAUGGGUGACCUCACAGAGCAGCCCUUCCUUGAUCAUGGCCCAAAUCCUCCAGUGCGCAAAGACGGCUUCAUGCUCAACCUGCCUGGUGAGACUGGUGAGAGGGGAGAGCUGGAAGGGGAGAAGGGAGAAACAAUAUGUGUGGAUGGUGACUGCCCUCCCCAUCCUCCAAGCUCCUCCAGCCGAGGUCCCACUGUGGCAGCCAUUAUUGUGGCAAUUUGUGCCGUCGCAACAGCAGUCAUUGUUGCGGUGUGGUGUUACCGACGGCAGCAGCAGAAGAGCUCAGCAUAUGAGAUGAAUGGGAAGGGCCAAAGUCAGACCAGACAGGGCCAACAGAUAGAGAUGCAGCAAAAAGUGUAGGAGUGAGAGAUGAGGAGGGGGACGCUGAUAACGAGCAGACACCUUUAGGAAGGUUGGGAAGAUUCAGAUAAAAGCUGUUAAUCUUAGGUAUGAACUUUAAAGAACAAAAUCUUUACAAAGCUAGCACAAAAUAUUUUAAUGAUUCUUAACACAGUGAAACUUGAGUGAAACAAGAUGGUAAUAGUCCUUUCACUUAUCAGUUUUAAGGAAAUCCAUCAAUCUUUGCAUGCUAACCGUGAUUUUCAAAGUUCUGGCAUUUAGCUGGACACGACCCGGCCUGGAUUCAACUCCAGGAACUGAGAAGCAAGACUUUAAAGAUAUGAACAUGUAGGAAAACCACAACACAAGGCAUGCCUGCCUGCCUGAAAACUGAAACUUCAACCUCCAAAGCUCUUGGACUUUGUGGUGAAGAUUUCUUGCUGUUGUUUUUGUUGAGUGCUCUUAUUAUUGUUGAUGUGUAUUGUUUGAAUUUAUGUGUAUCAUGUUUAUAGAAAAACAUUUUCCACAUAGUCCAUCACUGGACUGCUGUUGCAGACCAUCACAGCAGGUGUGGGAUAGGACAUGAACAGAACUGAGAGGGGUAAGAUGAAGAAAAAGAGGCUGAUGAAAGGUAGAGUACGACCGGAGAAACAUUUCCCGUGUUGGUUUUGACAUUCAGCUGGUGAGACAUGAAGAGGCAUCCAGACUGCAGACUCAGCCACAUGUAUGUGUGUGUGUCUCUCUCGGGUCUGUGCAAUUCGCCAGUCAGCAGUAAAUUAUGUUUGAAGUUACUGACUGAGGAAGCAAAGUGGAUCCUGACAUCAUUCAAACUAGCCACAGAUGAAACACUGUGGCAAAGGAGAAUCACAACCUCAAAUAAACAGAGUUUCAACAUAACCAGAAGUUUAAUCAAAACUUUAUUUUGUUUUCAAAGGCAAAUAGUAUUGCACCACAUUCCCUACAACACUCACUGGCCACUUUAUAGGGUAGUCAUGAACACACCUUGCUAGUACAGGGUUUGCCCCCAUUUUGUUUUCAGAACUGCCUUAAUUCUUUGUGGCAUACAUUCAACAAGGUGCUGGAAACAUUCCUCAGAGAUUUUGGUCCAUACUGACAUGAUGGCAUCACACAGUUCCUACAGAUUUGUUGGUUGAACAUCCACGACGGGAAUUUCCUGUUCCACCACAUCCCAAAGUUGCUCUAUUGGAUUGAGAUCAUUUGAGUACAGUAAACUCAUUAUGUUCAAGAAACCAGUUUGAGAUGAUCUGAGCUUUGUGACAUGGUGUGUUGGGAGCAGCCAUCAGAAGAUGGGUACACUGUGGUGAUAGAGGUCAGCAAUAACACCUUCUCCAUUCUGAUGCUCAGUUUGAACUAGUCUUGAAUUAUUACAGUAUGAGCAGAGUGUUCUGCUCAUGUAUAUCUGAAUAGAUAUCACUGUUGUAAUAAUUUCUUGCAAACAGAUGAGUAAAUUCAGGAUUUUUAGAAAUAGUGUAUCAUUCUGUGAGAGCUACCUUGCAUCUUCCCUUAUGUGCAAAUAUUUAAAAAAAAACAAACUAUUAAAUUAGACACUUUUGUUUAAAAGUGCAGAUAUAAAUGAAUACAAAUAAUCAUAUGUGUGCUCAAAAUUCAGUAUCUGUUUAACUGUAUGAAUGUAAAUAAAAAUAUAUUAGGGCAAUAGCAUAGGAAGUGAUGUACUUAGAAUUAUUGUAAACAGUGACUGGUGGUUAAUAAAGAAGACACUUUAUGGUGUCAUCGUUGUUUUUUGUUGUUAUAUUUCCAAGUGAGUAGUGAGCUGAUUUAUAGAAAGCAUUUUAAUAGCAUUUAAUCUGCUUUCCUUAUCAUAGUGUCUCAAACUGAACUGAGUCAUUUUCACCUGCUUUCUGUGUGUUUCUGUACAUAUCUGUGACUAUAUUGACUUGCCAUACAUACCAUAGCAUUACCGGUGUGUGGGAAAUAACUUGUUUCUUCACCAAAGCAGCCAAACACAGCUGGCAUUACACACAUGACACACCCCUCAUAUCUUAAACAUGGUACGCUCAUCUCCACAAAAUCUAGUCGACCGCCUUUUACGUCACCCGUGAACAUUAGGACGACACUCGCCCACGCUGCAGAUUGUCGAGCAAUGAACUGUCUGGUCAAACAACAGGUUUGCCACAUGAAUGAUGCCUGAAGAAGAAUCAUAAUAAUAGAGGUUAAAGUAAAUGUGUGUAUACAAUUACAAAGCUAUUUGCAGCAUCAAGACAAAGUAUUUAAACUGCUGACCAUCAUUCGCAUGAUAUAGAGAUUAAUCUUUUUCAUCUCAGCCUUAUGUGAUUUAUGACAAGAUGAAAUGUGUACUGUAU